GCAGCCAGUGUUGCCAGAUUGGGCGGGAAAUCGGACCCAAUCUGGCAACACUUGUGGAGAACAACACUGCAUGCACUGCCAGAGCUAGUGCUAGCACAGCCAGCUAGUCAAUUCAACUGAAUUCUUAACUUCUGGGUGUCAAAAUGAAACUGUACUGUUUAUCAGGACACCCGACGCUGCCCUGCAAUGUGCUCAAGUUUAAAUCCACUACCAUCAUGCUGGACUGUGGCCUGGACACCACGUCCGUCCUGAACUUCUUACCAUUGCCUCUGGUGCACAGUCCCAGACUCUCCAAGCUGCCUGGCUGGGUGUCCAAGGACGGAUCGAUCAACUUGGAAAAGGAGCUGAAGGAGUGUGGUGGCAGAGUGUUUGUGGACUCCCAGCCAGAGCUGUGUCUUCCAGAGAGGGAGCUGAUGGACCUGUCCACCAUCGACGUCAUCCUGAUCUCCAACUACCACUGCAUGAUGGCGCUGCCCUACAUCACCGAGCACAGCGGCUUCACCGGCGCCGUGUACGCCACCGAGCCCACGCUGCAGAUCGGCCGGCUGCUGAUGGAGGAGCUGGUCAACCACAUGGAGAGAGUGCCCAAAGCCCAGACCGCCACCUGCUGGAAGAACAAGGAAAUACAGAGGCUGUUGCCAGGGCCGCUGAAGGACGUGGCGGAGGUGUGGGCGUGGAAGAGGUGCUACACCAUCCAGGAGGUCAACUCGGCCCUCAGCAAGGUGCAGCUGGUGGGGUACUCCCAGAAAGUGGAGUUGUUUGGCGCUGUGCAGGUGUCCCCUCUAAGCUCCGGCUACUCAUUGGGCAGCUCCAACUGGAUCAUCCAAUCACAUUACGAGAAGGUCUCCUAUAUGUCCGGCUCCUCCCUCCUCACCACACAUCCACAGCCGAUGGACCAGAGCUCGCUGAAGAACAGCGACAUCCUGAUCCUGACGGGCCUUACGCAGAUGCCCACUGCCAACCCAGACGGCAUGCUGGGAGAGUUCUGCAGCAACCUGGCCAUGACGAUCCGCGCGGGGGGCAACGUGCUGGUGCCCUGCUACUCGUCGGGGGUGAUCUACGACCUGCUGGAGUGCCUGUACCAGUUCAUCGACAGCGCCAACCUGGGCAGCACACCCUUCUACUUCAUCUCCCCCAUCGCCAACAGCUCCCUGGAGUUCUCCCAGAUCUUCGCCGAGUGGCUCUGCCACAACAAACAGUCCAAGGUCUACCUCCCUGAGCCGCCCUUCCCCCACGCAGAGCUGAUCCAGACCAACAAGCUGAAGCACUACCCCAGCAUCCACGGGGACUUCAGCAGCGAGUUCCGGCAGCCCUGCGUGGUCUUCACGGGCCACCCCUCGCUGCGCUUCGGGGACGUGGUGCACUUCAUGGAGCUGUGGGGCCGAUCCAGCCUCAACACCAUCAUCUUCACCGAGCCAGACUUCUCCUACCUGGACGCGCUGCCACCUCACAGCCCCUGUCCAUGAAGUUGUGUGUACUGCCCAUUCGACACGAGCCUCAACUUCCAAAAGGUUGUCCACGCUGCUCAAGGAGUCCAGUGUGAGCCCCCGCUGCACGUGGUGUGUCCGGAGCAGUACACCCAGCCCCCGCCCGCCCAGUCCCACCGCUCAGACCUGAUGCUGGAGCUGCCGGCCCCGCCCCUCCCGUACCGCCGCUGCUCCGUGCUCAGCCUGCCCUUCAGACGGCGCUACGAGCGCAUCCACCUGCUGCCCGAGCUGGCCAAGUCCCUGGUGCCCUCGGAGGUCAAACCGGGCGUCUCCGUGGCAACCGUCUCCGGGAUGCUGCAGUCCAAGGACAACAAGCACACGCUGAUGUCGGUGCCCCGCCCCCCCCCGGCCGCCCCCACCAAGAAGAGGAAGCGGGUGGCGGAGGAGCCCCCCGAGCUGCUGGCCCCCAAGCCCCUGCUGAGCGGCGCGGUGCCCCUGGACGGCUUCCUGGCCACCCUGCACAAGCACGGCGUCAGCGAGGUGAAGGUGGAGGAGACGGCCGACGGCCACAUCCUCCACCUGCAGGCGGAGGACGCGCUCAUCCAGAUGGAGGCGCACGCCACGCACAUCGUGUGCGACAACAACGAGCCCAUGCGCACCACGCUGCGCGACCUGGUGCUGCGCUUCCUGCAGAAGCUCUGACCUCUGACCCCUGACACUCUCCCGGAAACACCGCCCCCUCUGACGUCCUUGUUAAAGGGCCCCUGUUCUGAUAGGCCAGAGACGUCCUUCACCCUGGCGACCAUUUUGUUAUUUGGGUGGGAAACCUUCUGGAAUAUUUGGGGAAAACAUGACGAUUAAAUGGGAAUGCCUUCCUGAUGCUUCCCGAUGCUUCCCGGGUGUGGAAACGGAAGGCAGGCCUAGAGUGGUCAUGGUUCCUCCAGAGUUCAUAGAAGGUUUCCCCAGCCAGCUAACCAACAUGGCCGCUCGGUGAAGAAGGUCUAGCGCGAGCCGUCUCAGCUCCCAACCGCUUCCCAUAGUGACAUCACAAGUGGGACUGUCAUACCAGACGCUUGACGGACAGGUCGAUCAGCGUACCAGUGGCACUCCCACCUAUGAUGUCAUGACAGGGUUUCUUAAUGGCCUCUGACGGCGAAUCAACAGCACUGGUGACUGGGGAGGAAACAAGGGCCCUUUUUAAGGAUAAAUAAAAGACUAAAGCACAGAAACACUAACCCGUGGGAACAGCACCCCCCUCUGGUGGAACAGGUGCUACUGCAGUUGCUCUCUGCCCCCUGAUUGGCUGGUGGCAGGUGACGUCCCUCGGAACAUUGGAGCGGUGGCAGCGGUCGGUCCUGAGGAGGGGGAGCAUGGAGGGUUCGUCUGCAGCCUUGGACUGAUUGGUUGAGGGUGAGGAGGGUGAACUGAGUGCUGAAAGGCGAUUGGCUCUUCUGUGUGCCAGCUCACUGCCAAUAGCCUGGCUGGCCGAUGUCAGUUUUUACAGUGUUGUGCUACUGUCAAUCCUACUUAAGUUUUAUUUUAUAAAUUAAUAUUUUGUAUUAAAUAAUUUCAGGUUUAAGAAACAAAUUUAGCAUCCAAUUCAUUUAUUACAGUUCCUGGUUUUCGGUUCUUCCCAUUCUUACAAGUUUAGCUGGUGUAAGUAUUAUUUUAUACUCUUUUCAGAGUUAUGGCCCAGUACAGAUAAAUGUAUUUUAAUCUUUGUAUACCAAAAUAAGAAGAAUUAAUACAGAUUUUCACAAGGUAAUAAUCAUUUACUCAUUUGACUAGGCAAGGCAAGGCAACUUUAUUUAUAUAGCACUUUUCAUACACAAGGCAGACUCAAAGUGCUUCACAUAUAAAGGUUGUCAUACAAUAAAAUAAAAUAAUAGAUAAGUAAAAGAAAACAUAUGCAAAGAAAUGGGUAAAAUAGAAAGUUAAAAAAGCCUUUUAGUAUUAAAAUAGAAAAUAAAGGCAAAGUUAAAAAAGCUUUUUAGAAAGUGCAAUGUAUUUAAGAUUUUGCAGAAAGCUAAAGCAAACGUCUUCAGUCUUGUUUUAAAGGUGCUCAGAGUUGGUGAACGUCUUAAAUCCUCAGAGUUUAUUCCAGCUAUUUGUUGCAUAGUAACUAAAUCCUGCUUUCCCAUGUUUCGUGUUUACUCUGGGGAUAAUUAACAGAUUGGUCUCAUAGGAUCUAAAUGGUAUAGAAGGCUUAUGUAGUGGAAGCAUAUCAGUUAAAUAUUUUGGGCCUAAACCAUGUAGGGAUUUAUAGGUUAGCAACAUGAUUUUAAAAUCCAUUCUCUGACCUACAGUAAGCCAAUGUAACGAUUUCAGAGUUGGUGUAAUAUGUUCAAAUUUUUUGGUCUUUGUUAGAACUCUAGCAGCAGCAUUCUGAACAAGCUGAAGCUUCCUCAGUUUGUUUUGGGAGACCUGUAAGGAGACCAUUGCAGUAACCAAGCUUACUAGUGAUAAAGGCAUGUACAAGUUUCUGUAAGUCUUCAGUGGACAUGAGCCCUCUAAGUCUUGCUACAUUUUUUAAGGUGAUAAUAUGCCGAUUUUGUAACCGAUUUGAUGUGACUGUCGAAAUGUAAAUCUGAAUCCAUGAUAACCCCUGGAUUUCUGGCUUUGAUUGAGGUUUUCAGGGACAGAGAGUUAAGGUAGAAACUAGUAGAAACACCAAACAUUUGAACCACAGAAUGUUUAUCCCAUUUAAACUUCAAUGGCUGUUUAAUAGUCACUUCCAAAUUUAGAAUAUAUCUACCAGUUUGAAUAUGGUUCAAGUAAGUAUUUUGUGUUUUCCAGUAUCGGCAAAUAUAAAGACACUCAGCAACACUCAAAUACUGAGGUAAAUAUUUACCAGUCUCAAAUGUAGUAUAACUAUUCUUGACACUUGUUAUGCUUGUCAGUUAUGACCAGUGAGUCAAUGUAUCCGGUAGUUUCCAGAGUUUAGUAUCACUGCUAGGGGCUCUGGACAAGAAAAGGAUGUAAUGUUGAGUUUAGUCCUGUAGCCUUUAGCCAGCACCUUUGUCAGACUCUGAAUUGUUGUGACGCUACAUGUGAUGAGCGAGCAGGCAGGGUUGGUCAUUGCAGACAUUAAGGUUUGAACCUACAACCAUCAGGCUGACCACACCCUGCCAUUCCUGCCUCCAUUUGGUAAACAUGUCCUCGUCGAGGAAGUUUAUAUCCGGUCAUUUUUGACUUGAAGACAAAAUCCCAAUCCAAAGUCAUGGCAAAAUAUUUUUUUUUAUUGAUAAACAGUUCAAUGUGCCACUGAAAUACACGUAAUAUCUCAAUAUAAAUUAUCUUACAGUGCACACCACAAGCGUCACUUAAAUACCAACAGUGUGAAGCAGAGCGCUGAGCUUCAGCGCUCACACAGAAAGAACUGACCACAGACCAGGACAGACAGAUAGACCACCAAGGUGUUGUCUUGUCCAUUUCCGAGACCGCCAUUUUGAACUAGGAGAAACAAAACGGUGGAGGUGGAAGACUGUUAAGUUUCGGAGAGUGUACACAUGAUGAGGGUGCGUUUGGACCAUUUCAUUAGACAGUUGACCAACUGACUGCGGUUGGUGAGAGGAAAGGGUUAAUAGGAUACAAACAAACAUGGCUUGCAUACACAGUGUAAUCAUUGCUGCACCCUGCUGUCAAUCAAGUGGUUUAUAUGAACUUGUUAUGCAUGAAUAGUAAAGCCCGCCUUUAACUACGUUAGAUGUAACCAUUGGCAAACUUUACCGUGUCGCUAUUGGCUAUUAUGUACUAAUCUGCUUCUUCAAAGAUACUAUUGCUUGUAAAAGCAAACUAUCAUGGAAAUAUCCGAGCUGAUCUAGAAAAAUAAUCCUUUGUCUGGGAUUAAAAAAAACAAAGAAAUGAACCCGAUAUAUAAGAAUAAGACCCUGUUUAAACAGAACAGUAUCGUUCCCCGUUGGUUUAGUGUAGUAGAAAUAAGACGGGGACGGUGACAUCACUUCCUGGCUGCCGUCACACUGGGUUUGAAC